AUGGAGGCGCCAGAGGCGGAGGUUUCGGAGGUUGCCCGCGCAAACGAAGGCGGGUCAAUGAUCUUCCGUCGCGGCGGAGGAGUUUGGCCGUCCGACUUGCGUGGAGACGAAAUGUGGGCCCUUGCUGCCGCCGUGGGCGCGCUGGAGCCUGAAGACGCUGAGGCCGUUGAUGAUGUGCGCGCGGGUAGGGUGGGUCCUAUCGUUGCCGCCGUCAAGGCGCUGGGCCGUCCCGAGUUGUGCGACACCACCGAUUCGGUGUGUCUUACUGGGGAAGCGUCUCCUGUCGCCUUCUUCCUCGUCGGGGGAGGCAGCGGUGAUCUUCCGCCCGUCGUUUGUGGAGACGGGAGUGCCGAUGUGGGCCUCGAUGAUGCAUGGGCUACCGUUGCUGCCGCCAGUGCGUCGUUCCGCGCUCCUACACCCGAGAUUCCCGAGUCCAGUGAUUCCGUCCGCGCGAUCGGCGGCUUCUUUGGCGGCGGAGGCUUGGACUUGAUCCGUUCCAAGUCAUGCGAAGCGGCCGAUUCCGUCCGUGCGAUGGGAGACAUGUCCACUUUCUUCUUCUUCGGUGGUAGAGGCGCCGGACUCGACACACCCGCCCCCACCGUGGCUGUCACGGGGGUUGUGCGCGCGGGGUGGGAUGGUCGCACGUUGGUGGUUGUCGUGGGGGGUUUACGCCGCGGUCCACGAGCCUUCCGUGGUAGUGGAGGCAUCGGAGCUCCCCUUGCACCCCCACCGGUAGUCUGCGGGCUCGAAGCAUGGGUCCUCGUUGCCGCCGACUCCCUGGACUCCGUCCUUGCGAUUGUAGGUCGGUCCAGAUCUACCCUCUUCCACGGCGCCGGUCCUCCCGCUCCACCGGUAGUCCGCGGACUCGAAGCAUGCGCGCGGGACGCCGCCGUUAUCGCGCUGGAACUCUCCGAGUUCCUCGAAGCCACCGAGACCGAGGACGGUUUGGGCGCAACCGGGGGUUUCGGGCUCAUGCUCGGGCUCGGGCUCUGA